AUGCAAAGGACAUCAAGCCACAAGAACAGUCAUGCGCCUCCGGAUUACCCUUGCACUCGCUCUCGCACUCCCAGCUCUGGGUGCCCCUCCCGCCGUUCCGGCGAAUGGCUCGACGAAGCCAGGGAGUUUCAUGACACCUGCGUGGAGGAACAGCUCUACUCCCAGCCCGACAUCUCUGACUGGGGCAAGGGCGAGGCCAAACCGAUCAUGUACGGCGACGGGGCGAGAGGUGCUCUGGAUCGAUGCCAGAUGAUGAUGCUCAACGACGCAAACCGACUUGCCCAGGCUCAGUUUCCGGGCACGAACGUCUUCACCAUCCGUACCGACCUGGGGAUCGGAUGGUAUGUCGCCGAGCUCGUAGCGCAAGAGUCUCUCUCUUCUGUUCGCUGGCCGUCCGGAUACUACGACUACCACACUGUUGUGUUCAGGGGAGAGGGGCAUCUGUACCUGGUUGGAAGGGAGGGUGAACACGAGCGUAGGUGGAGGGGAAACGCCCAGAGGAACGGUGACACGGUUGACUUCUGGUAG